GGUGGUGCUGACAAUCGGUUUUUCAUCUAUGAUUUGCAAACAAGCUCUUUAAACCGAGAGUUGAAGCUGAAUUCACGUAUCACGCAGAUUAUACCAAGUCCGAUCAAUCCGAACAUUGCACUUAUAACAACGGCUGGUCGUUCUGAACAAUUUAUCGUUUUCGAUCAACGUCUCCAAGGCUACGAUGGAAUUACUUUAAAGUUUGGUCAACAAGAAGGGGACAACCUGUCCCGUUACGUUCGACCAGAUAUUCAUCAAAAUGGCUAUGUGGUAUGUUGUGGAUCACAGUCGAAUGCUAAGCUCAAUUUCUGGGACUUAAGAUCCCGUAAUGUCAUACGAGGAGGACCCUCUUUCAGUUUGGAUACAGGCAUGAGUGCACGUAUCUUACGCUCGGUAUUUUUACCGUAUAAAAAUACGGUGGUGUCAACGUCAUCGUAUAGAGAAUUAGCUUGGCUAGACUACAAUGUAAAGAAGGAUGAAAUGAUACAGACACUUUAA